ACAGCUGAUAGCGGACGCGCAUGCAAACGUUUUGCGGCUUUUGUUGCCCUUUUCUUUGCAAAUAAUUGCAAAAUGGCUGAAAAAACAACACAAGCGCUGCAAAUCGAGCUGAAUUUUGAUGAAGAGGAUGUUCCGUAUGAGGAGGAGAUUCUACGCAAUGCCUAUUCCGUCAAGCACUGGCUGCGCUACAUCGAUCACAAGGCGAAGGCGCCCAAUAAUGGCGUUAACUUGGUGUACGAGCGCGCAUUGAAAGAGCUGCCCGGCAGCUACAAGAUCUGGUAUAACUAUUUGCGUACGCGCAGGAAGCAGGUGCGGGGCAAAAUACCCACAGAUCCCAUGUACGAGCAAGUGAACAACACAUUCGAACGGGCGCUGGUCUUCAUGCACAAGAUGCCACGCAUCUGGAUGGACUAUGGGGUAUUCAUGAGCUCACAGUGCCGCAUAACGCGUACGCGUCACGUUUUUGAUCGUGCUCUGCGCGCGUUGCCCAUAACGCAGCACGGACGGAUCUGGCCACUGUACUUGAAGUUUGUGCAGCGCUACGAGAUGCCCGAAACGGCGCUGCGUGUUUACAGGCGAUAUCUGAAGCUGUUUCCCGAGGAUGCCGAGGAGUAUGUGGCCUACUUGCAGGAGGCAGAGCGUCUGGAUGAGGCUGCACAGCAACUGGCGCACAUUGUGGACAAUGAGCACUUUGUCUCAAAGCACGGCAAGUCGAAUCAUCAGCUGUGGAACGAGCUCUGCGACAUGAUAUCAAAGCAUCCGCACAAAGUGCAUUCACUGAAUGUGGAUGCGAUCAUUCGUGGUGGCCUGCGUCGUUACACGGAUCAGUUGGGCCACCUGUGGAACUCCCUGGCCGAUUACUAUGUCCGCUCCGGUUUGUUUGAUCGUGCUCGUGACAUCUAUGAGGAGGCCAUACAAACGGUGACCACGGUGCGGGACUUUACCCAAGUCUUCGAUGAGUAUGCGCAGUUUGAGGAGUUGUCAUUGAACAAGCGCAUGGAACAGGUGGCGAAUGAUGAGUACGCAAACGAGGAGGAUGACAUUGAUGUAGAGCUGCGUCUCUCACGCUUCGAGUAUCUGAUGGAGCGCCGCCUGCUGCUGCUCAAUAGCGUGCUGCUACGCCAGAAUCCGCACAAUGUGCAUGAGUGGCACAAGCGGGUGAAACUGUAUGAGGAUAAGCCGGAGGAUAUCAUCAACACAUAUACGGAAGCAGUGCAGACGGUGCAGCCAAAGCAGGCAGUGGGUCAGCUGCACACGUUAUGGGUGGAGUUUGCCAAGUUCUACGAGGCCAACGGGCAGGUGGAGGAUGCCCGUGUGGUCUUUGAGCGUGGCACGCAAGUGGAAUACGUCAAGGUGGAACACUUGGCGGCCGUGUGGUGCGAGUGGGCCGAAAUGGAGCUGCGUCAGCAGCAAUUCGAAGCAGCGCUCAAGUUGAUGCAGCUCGCCACAGCCAUGCCUAAGCGAAAGGUUGCCUAUCAUGAUGAGACGGAAACGGUGCAAAUGCGCCUUUAUAAAUCUCUAAAAGUGUGGUCUAUGUACGCUGACCUGGAAGAAUCCUUUGGCACUUUCAAGACUUGUAAGGCGGUCUACGAGCGCAUCAUUGACCUUAAGAUUUGCACGCCGCAAAUAAUCAUCAAUUACGGUCUCUUCCUGGAAGAGCACAAUUACUAUGAGGAGGCCUAUCGCGCAUACGAAAAGGGCAUUGCGCUGUUUAAAUGGCCGAAUGUCUAUGACAUUUGGAAUUCCUAUCUAACCAAGUUUCUGGAACGUUAUGGCGGCACCAAACUGGAGCGUGCACGUGAUCUUUUCGAGCAGUGCCUGGACCAGUGUCCGCCAGAGCAUGCCAAGUAUUUCUAUUUGCUCUAUGCUAAGCUCGAGGAGGAGCAUGGACUGGCGCGACAUGCCAUGGCCGUUUACGAUCGCGCCACCAGCGCUGUUAAAGAGGAGGAGAUGUUUGACAUGUACAACAUAUUCAUCAAAAAAGCAGCCGAAAUUUAUGGACUACCGCGCACACGUGAGAUUUAUGAAAAGGCCAUCGAGGCGCUGCCAGAGCAGAACAUGCGGCACAUGUGCGUCAAGUUUGCGGAGCUGGAGACCAAACUUGGCGAGGUGGAUCGUGCCAGGGCCAUCUAUGCGCAUUGCUCACAGGUUUGCGAUCCGCGUAUUACCGCCGACUUUUGGCAAACAUGGAAGGAGUUUGAGGUGCGUCAUGGCAACGAGGACACCAUGCGUGAAAUGCUACGCAUCAAGCGCUCUGUGCAGGCCACCUACAAUACUCAGGUCAACAUGAUGGCUGCCCAGUUUCUCAAUACGACCAAUGGCGCUGCCGCCGAUGCGGGUGCCGGCCCAGGCACUAGCUCCGAUGCCAUGCGCUUGCUGGAGGAGAAGGCGCGACAGGCAGCAUCGGAGGCCAAACAGAAGCCAGUCGAGAAGGCUGCGUCCAAUAUUAUGUUUGUGCGCGGCGAGACGCAAGGCGGUGCCAAGGGCAAGGACAAUACUGUCAUCAAUCCCGAUGAGAUUGACAUUGGCGACAGCGACGAGGACGAAGAUGAUGAGGCAGAAGACGCUGGCACUGAACACGCCCCAGAAGGCGUCACGGCCACGGCGACCAAAACCGAUGAUGAGGGUCUCAUCAUGAAGAAGCUGCGUUUCGAACAAAAAGCCAUUCCUGCCAAGGUCUUCGGCAGCCUUAAGCCCAACAAUCAACAAGACUCCGAUGAGGAAUAAAAGGAAAAAUAAUUAUAAAAGCCGUAAAAAUGUUGUAAGAGAAAUGUUUUCCUCAUUUGAUACGAAAAUGUAAUAGUUUCUCAAGCACUAAGUUAAAC